AUGGCAUCAUCACUACUCAAGUCUAAAUUCUUGGCUGAUGUUCAGUCUGAAGAAUCCAGUCGCAAGCCUUCUCCCCAACCUACUCACGUUAGCCUUCCAUAUUCAUCACUGCCGAACGGCAAUGGCAACCGAACUCUUCGCUCUGCCACUGUUGGCUAUGUCGCCCCUGAGUUCGCAGGAAAGCUCGAGCAAAUGAACUCUGUCAAAAACAUCCUGCAACAGGCCGGCUACAUCCCAGAGACCCUGAUUGAUGAACAGAUCAAAUGGUUCUAUGAGCAGUUGGGUAUUGACGAUGUUUAUUUCCGCAUCGAGACACCGGAUGCCAUCGCCAACCACAUCAGCUCUCUUUACGCUGCCAAGGUGGCAGCUUACUCCCGCGAGGACAAGAAAGAGGAGAUUCGCCUGGACAUGGAAGCAAAUGACCAUGCCAUAUACAUCGACACAAGUGAACCAGGCGAGAGCAAUGUCAGUGGACCUAGAUACGAGUCUCGCCUCGAGGCCAAGUAUCUUGACCACCAGGGCAAGACGAAGUACCGUGUCGAGACCUUUCGCUCCCCAGCUGUAAUUGGCGCCAGUCCAUCAUCAAAGGCGACUCUCCGAUGCUAUUUUGUCUACCAGUGUCAGUUCGCUCAAAGUCCCAAGCAGACGGACCCCAAGGAGACCAACAUAGAACGCAUUUCGGAUGCUGGCUUCUGGCAAAAGGCAACCGAAAAUACCAAGCAGAUCUAUCAGGAAAUCAUUGAACUCGCCGUCAACCGAACUGGGCCCGUUAUUGAGGUCUUUGAUAUUGAGGAUGUCGCUGAGAAGCGACUGGUUGUUGCCUUCCGAACACGUACUGCUCGCGGCAUGUUCUCUGCUCUGAGCGAUCUUUACCAUUACUAUGGUGUUACCAGUUCAAGAAAGUACGUAGAGCAGUUCUCGAAUGGUAUCACCGUGAUGAGUAUUUACCUCAAGCCCUCAUCCCACACCGAUGGCUACUUCCCUCCUCUGGAUGAGUCAAUUCACCAAAUCACCAAGGAGAUUUCACUUCUGUAUUGCUUGCCCCAAAACAAGUUUCACAAUCUGUUUGCGAUCGGAGCCCUCAGCCUCCAAGAGGCUGUCUAUGCACAUUCGGCUUGGGUCUUCGUUCAGCACUUCUUGAACCGACUCGGCCCCGAAUAUGCGUCCCUAUCUGACGUGCUGGAUAUGGACGAUCCCGCUCAGGCUGCUCUGCUUUCCAAGUUGAAGCGCCGCCUGCGAACCGAAACCUUCACGCCUGACUACAUUCUUGAAAUCAUUCAGACGUACCCAGAGCUGGUCAGACUUCUCUAUGCAUCAUUUGCUAAUGUCCAUCUCGGCGCCAAGAAUGAGCAGGUGGCCGUCACACCUGCCGUGGACGUUCUCAGUGAUGAAAAACUCAAGGACAAGAUAUCCAAGACUGUUGCAAAUGAGCACGAUGAGAUGGUCAUGACUGCCUUCCGUGUUUUCAACAACGCUAUUCUCAAGACCAACUACUUCACCCCUACUAAGGUUGCUCUUAGCUUCCGCUUGGAUCCUGCCUUCUUGCCUGAGGUGGAAUAUCCUCGUCGUCUGUAUGGCAUGUUCCUUGUCAUUGGUGCUGAGUCGCGGGGUUUCCACCUCCGUUUCCGAGAUAUCUCACGUGGUGGUAUCCGUAUUGUGAAGUCCAGAAGCAAAGAAGCUUACGGCAUUAAUGCUCGCAACUUGUUCGAUGAGAAUUAUGGCCUGGCUAGUACCCAGCAGCGAAAGAACAAGGACAUCCCUGAGGGUGGAUCCAAGGGUGUUAUUCUUCUCGACCCCAAGCAGCAAGACCGUGCUCAGGAAGCUUUCGAGAAAUACAUUGACAGUAUCCUCGAUCUGCUUCUACCAGCUCAGACCCCGGGCAUCAAGAACAAGCUCGUAGAUCUCUAUGGAAAGGAAGAAAUCCUGUUCAUGGGCCCCGAUGAGAAUACGGCUGAUCUAGUCAAUUGGGCUACCGAGCAUGCCAGAGCACGCGGUGCCCCAUGGUGGAAGUCUUUCUUCACCGGCAAGUCGCAGAAGCUUGGAGGCAUUCCUCACGACAAGUAUGGCAUGACGACGCUCUCCGUCCGUGAGUACGUCAAGGGUAUUUACAGGAAGCUUGAACUUGACCCUGCUACUGUGCGCAAGAUGCAGACUGGUGGUCCGGAUGGUGACUUGGGCAGUAACGAAAUCCUCCUCGGCAAUGAGAAGUGGACUGCUAUUGUUGACGGCUCUGGUGUCAUCGCUGACCCUAACGGUCUUGAUAAGGAUGAGCUUGUCCGUCUGGCUAAGAAGCGUGCCAUGAUCAGCGAGUACGACAUGAGCAAGGUGUCCAAGGAUGGUUACCGUGUCCUUUGCGAGGAUACUAAUAUUACUCUCCCUACGGGCGAAGUCAUCACCAACGGCACCUCUUUCAGAAAUACCUAUCAUCUUCGUGACACUGGAAUGACGGAUGCUUUCGUUCCUUGCGGUGGUCGACCCGAGUCUAUUGACCUGAUUUCCGUCAGCAGACUCAUCAAGGAUGGAAAGUCCACCAUUCCGUACAUUGUGGAGGGAGCCAACCUUUUCAUCACGCAAGAUGCUAAGCUCAGGCUCGAGGCUGCCGGCUGCAUCCUUUAUAAGGAUGCUUCUGCAAACAAGGGUGGUGUUACUUCUUCCUCACUUGAAGUUCUUGCGUCUCUUUCAUUUGAUGAUGCAGGCUUUGUCGAGAACAUGUGUGUCGACGCCAAGACUGGCCAGGCACCACAGUUCUAUAACGAUUAUGUUUGUGAGGUCCAGGCCAAGAUCCGCGAGAAUGCCCGCCUUGAGUUUGAGGCUAUUUGGCGUGAGCAUGAGGCGACCGGUGUGCCUCGCUCUAUUCUCUCAGACAAGUUGUCCAACGCCAUCACUACUCUGGAUGAGGAGCUUCAGCAAUCCGAUUUGUGGGGUAAUGAGAAGAUCCGUCACGCAGUGUUGCAAGACGCAUUGCCCAACUUGCUUCUGCAGAAGAUUGGCUUGAAGACCAUUAUCUCUCGCGUGCCCGAGUCGUACCUGAGAGCCAUUUUUGGCAGCUUCUUGGCUAGUCGCUUCGUGUAUGAAUUUGGCAGUGAGCCUAGCCAAUUUGCCUUCUUUGACUUCAUGUCAAAGCGUAUGGCGCAAAUCACCGGCCAGCCGAACGGCGCUGAACAAGUAAGACGCAUGUCUGUUAGCGGACGCGCAGCCUUAUAA